AAAACCCUCAGAUCCCUCUCGUCUUGACUUUGAACUGCUUUGCCGCAGAUCGCCCAGUCCCAAAUCAUCGAACUUGCCCAGGUACGCAGACCUUCAAAGAUCGAACCCACCAAAAAUCGAGGCCUCCAACCUCCAAAUUUCACUCUCGAAAUACGCUUCACCGCCUCACACGAUGUCUGCCCGCCCUCAGAACAUUGGCAUCAAGGCCAUUGAGAUCUAUUUCCCCAGCCAAUGUGUUGACCAAGCUGAGCUUGAGAAGUUUGAUGGUGUAAGCCAGGGAAAAUACACAAUUGGUCUUGGACAGACAAAGAUGAGCUUCUGCGAUGAUAGAGAAGAUAUCUACUCCUUUGCCCUUACCGCGUGCUCCAACCUUUUGAGCAAAUACAAGAUCGACUCCAACUCGAUUGGCCGCCUGGAAGUUGGUACUGAGACCAUUUUGGAUAAGUCCAAGUCUGUCAAGUCGGUUCUCAUGCAACUGUUUGGAGACAACACAAAUAUCGAGGGCGUUGACACCGUCAAUGCUUGCUACGGUGGCACAAAUGCCGUUUUCAACUCUGUCAACUGGGUUGAAUCCUCGGGAUGGGACGGACGUGAUGCUAUUGUGGUUGCAGGUGACAUUGCUCUAUAUGCCAAGGGCAACGCCAGACCAACCGGCGGUGCUGGCGCCGUCGCAAUGCUUAUUGGGCCCAAUGCUCCGAUUGUCGUGGACCCUGGUCUUCGAGGAACAUAUAUGCAACACGCAUAUGAUUUUUACAAGCCGGAUCUCACCAGCGAAUAUCCCAUCGUCGAUGGCCACUUCUCAAUUCGAUGCUACACCGAAGCUGUGGACGCAUGCUACAAGGCGUACAACAAGCGGGAGGCAACCCUCAAGUCUCUGGCAAACGGACACGCAAAUGGCCAUGCCAAUGGGGUUGAAGAAGCAUCCACCAAGAGCCCUCUCGAUCGAUUCGACUAUAUGUCAUUCCAUGCCCCUACCUGCAAGCUCGUUGCUAAAUCAUACGCACGAUUGUUGUACAACGACUACCUCGCUGACCCCUCUUCCACCGCCUUUGCCGACGUCCCAGCUGAGCUUCGGGACAUGGAAUACGAGAAAUCCUUAACCGAUAAACUCGUUGAGAAGACUUUCAUGGCUGUGACCAAGAAACGGUUCAAUGAGCGUGUUAAACCCAGCAUUGAAGUACCCACCAUGUGCGGAAACAUGUACUGCGCAAGUGUGUACGGAGGGUUGGUCAGUUUAUUAAGCUCUGUCGACAGCGCCACAUUACAAGGAAAGAGAAUAGGAAUUUUCAGCUACGGAAGUGGUCUGGCAUCGAGUUUGUUCUCAGUAAAGGUCGUUGGCUCGACGGAGGUAAUCCAAAAAUCAUUGAACUUGAAGGAGAGACUGGCUGCUAGACAAACAGUUGCGCCAGAAGUUUAUGAUGCGAUGUGUGAACUCCGCAAAAAGGCUCAUCUGCAAAAGUCAUAUACACCGAACGGCAACCCAGAAACCAUCGCCAAGAACGUCUACUACCUCGAGAGCGUCGACGACAUGUUCCGCCGCAAAUACUUGAUCAAAGCAUAAAUCCCCAAAUCCUGCAUAAGGGAAGCUGUUACGGAUCCAAAUUCUGCUUCAUUCAAAUCAUUCUAGAGGUCUUUCUCCUUUUCUUCUUCAUAGACCAUUGGCGAAAUAAAUACUAGGCAUGGCCGUUAUGGGAGGAUUUUAAUGGUUUUAGUUGAGCAUUUUGAGUGUGCAGAGGUUAGCAUGCAAGGAAGAUGGUGGGGAGGCUAUGCAUAAGAUGAGAUUAUCGUUGUGAUAAAUACUAUGGCACUGCACAUAGCAUCGGGCGAGGGAACGAAGCUUAAUAAACCGAACUUCAUGCUAGAGAGAACUGAAUGAAAAUCGACCGUGGUAUAGUGGUCCUUUACUCCC